GGCGCGCAGCGGCCGUAGAGCGAACCAUGGGAGGCGGCUGGUGGUGGGCUCGGGCAGCCCGCCUGGCCCGACUCCGCUUCCGGGGGGCGCUGUUGCCGCCUCCGCGGCCCCGGAGCGGGGGCGCCCGGGGGUCUUUCGCCCCCGGCCACGGCCCCCGCGCCGGGGCUUCGCCGCCUCCCGUGUCAGAGCUGGACCGCGCGGACGCCUGGCUCCUCCGAAAGGCGCAUGAGACAGCCUUCCUCUCCUGGUUCCGCAAUGGCCUCCUGGCGUCAGGCAUCGGGGUCAUCUCCUUCAUGCAGAGUGACAUGGGUCGGGAAGCUGCCUACGGCUUCUUCCUGCUGGGCGGCCUGUGCGUGGUGUGGGGCGGCGCCUCCUACGCCGUGGGCCUGGCGGCGCUGCGGGGCCCCAUGCAGCUCUCGCUGGGGAGCGCAGCGGCGGGCGUCGGGGCCGUGCUGGCCGCGGGCCUGCUCUGGGCUUGUGCCGUCGGCCUCUACAUGGGCCAGCUGGAGCUGGACGUGGAGCUGCUGCCGGAGGACGACGGCGCGGCUACGGCCGAGGGCCCCGACGACGCGGGCCGGCCCCCGCCUGAGUGAGCCGCGGCCAUUGGGCCGCAGGCCAGGACAUUAAAACCGGACCCUUCCCUGGC